ACAUGUUAACUACAAAACACAACCGACCACAUCUUUUACAGCUUGGCUUCGAUCUCUCCACCUUUUUCUAACCUUAAAGCACUCUUCCUUCUUCACUCUUCACCAUGUCUCACUGCUGUUGCUGCUACUUCUUUCUCCUUCCAUCUUCUUCCAAAAAUGCCCAGAAAAGCAUCACCCUUUUUCCACAAAGUCUCCCUUCAUCUCCUCAGACUCUCUCUUCUCAUCCACAGAUUAAGAAAACCCAUAUUGCCAAAGCUCCUCAAGAGGUUCAAGAACUGUCAGAAGUUGAAGCUCCUGAAGCACUCUGACUAUGGCGAGUACCGGUUCUCCGCUUCAACAACUCCCCUCAUUAUUCCUCGUCACCAUCGAAACCAGUUCAAGAACAGGGUCCAACCAGCUCUGUGUUCUUUCUUGUAUCUGUAUUGGUGCCUGGGGAACUUCAAAGUAGAACGAAAUGGGGAGUGCCAGCUGGCACUGGAACCCUUUGAAAUUGGAGAAGAAACAAGCCUAGCUCAGGAUUUGUUUGAGUAUGGUUCAGGGGAUGAAGGUGAAUCGGUUGAUCAGAAGGCUGAGAAGUUCAUCCAGAGUUUCUACCAGCAGAUGAGAAUGCAGAGGCAGGAAUCGCUCUAGCUCUUCAGUUUCACUUUACAUUUUUCAAUUCACUAUUCCUUUCUUCUCAAUUGUUUUAUUCAAUGUUUGCAUUUCGCCUUGGUUUUGCUUAAUUUAAUUCUUUAAAUUCUUAAAUAUAUCAAUUUAAUUCCAUCUCUUGUCUUAAUGAAUAUUUUUUUUUUGU